AUGCUGGACAUGGUGCGGCACCUGAGAGGCCGACUGAUGGAGGCACAGGAUCUUCUCACUUUGGCUCAAAUGAAUUACAUCUCUGUUUAUGAGGACGUGCAGCAGCUCAAGAGGAAACUCUUCUCCACGACUAGAGAGAGUAUCCAGAACCAGGUGACACUGGCCACGCGUCAGUUUGAAGUGGCCCAGUCUGAUGUGACACAGGGGGAGCUUAAAGCUACUAUUGAAAGUCUAAGAGAGGAAAAGUGUGAGCUUGAGAAAGCCCACAAACUGCGGAUGUGUCAUCUGCAGAGCCAGAAGGCCAAGCCCAGGUCCCGCACUAUGAGUGACAGUGUGAGCCUGUGUCGCCAGGCCUCUCUGCGGCUGCAGCGCAGGCUGAGUGACAGUCUCAAGUCUAUGGAGAGCUGGUAUGAACCCCGACUUGUGGCUCUGCUCCGGAGAAGACAGCUGGGAGAAGAGGCUUUAAGAAGGACCAAAGAGCAGAGCGCAGACCUGAAGACUCAGCUGGGACCCCUCAGGGAGGAUGUACGGAUACUGGACACACAGAGGGCAUCAUUGGAGAAGAGGAUGGUACUGAUGGAGACUGAGAGGCAAAACAACGCCAAAAACCAGAAGGAACGAGUGGAAAAAUUGAAGGGCACCUUAGAUGUCCUUGAAGAAGAGUUUGAAACGCAAAGAAAAUCCAAAAGCAUUCUACAGGAUAUUAAGGAGGGCUUGUCAAGAGAACUCCUAUUUCUCAGGGGAAAUGACGAUGGAGCAGCUGAUUCUCAAAUACUUUCCAAAUAA